UCUCAAAUUCUCUUCUUCUUUCUCUUGUCUUCCUUCUCGUAUCUGUUCUUCCGUCUUUUCUCUGUCUCUUCUGUCAAUUACCAUUAGAUCUUCGAAACCCAUUAAGGGUUUGCUCAGAAUUUGAAUUUCUGUUCAGCUUCUUUCGAAUUUUUUGGUAUUUUUUGUGUAGUAGUGUGAGGAAUCUUGGUGGGUUCUUUAGAAGUGGAUGAGUGAGCUGGUAGUGGAGUUUUUUCAGUGUGUUUAAGUUCCUGAAUUGGGGAAAAACGAAGAGGAUUUUCGGUUUUGGUGAUACGGAGCAGCUGUCGGUGGUAGAAUUGCAGCUGAUUUUUGGUUAAUUCUGGUUUUGGUGUUUGUAGUUUGGGUUUGAUUUGAUCUUUGGUGUAAGAUCUGGGAAAAAUUAGAAGAAAGUAGAAGUGGAUAUAGUGUAGGCAUUUCUUGAGAUUAUUGGUGUAUUGGGUUGUUGGGAAUUCUCGAAAUUAUGAUGCAACAAGAUCAUCGCAAGAAGAAUACCAAAGAAGUGGAGUUCUUUACAGAGUAUGGAGAGGCAAAUAGGUAUAAAAUCCUGGAAGUUGUAGGGAAAGGAAGCUAUGGAGUUGUUUGUGCUGCCAUUGACACUCAUACUGGAGAAAAAGUGGCAAUUAAGAAAAUAACUGAUAUUUUCGAGCACGCCUCUGAUGCUAUUCGAAUUUUGCGCGAAAUUAAAUUGCUUAGACUUUUAAGGCAUCCUGAUAUCGUGGACAUCAAGAGAAUCAUGUUACCACCUUCAAAACGAGACUUCAAAGAUAUUUAUGUUGUUUUUGAGCUUAUGGAAUCUGAUCUUCACCAUGUUAUUAAGGCUAAUGAUGACUUGUCACAUGAACACCAUCGCUUUUUUCUAUAUCAGAUGCUACGAGCACUGAAAUAUAUGCACACAGCGAAUGUGUACCAUCGAGAUCUUAAGCCGAAAAAUAUAUUGGCAAAUGCAAACUGUAAACUCAAAAUAUGUGACUUAGGAUUGGCAAGGGUUUCAUUCAAUGAUACUCCAACCACAGCACUUUGGACGGAUUAUGUUGCUACAAGGUGGUACAGGGCUCCUGAACUAUGUGGAUCUUUCUUUUCCAAGUAUACACCUGCCAUUGAUAUUUGGAGUAUCGGCUGCAUUUUCGCGGAGGUACUGACAGGAAAACCAUUGUUCCCGGGCAAAAGUGUUGUUCAUCAGUUAGAUUUGAUGACUGAUCUUCUUGGGACGCCAUCAGCUGAUACCAUAGCUGGGGUUCGUAAUGAGAAGGCAAGAAAGUAUUUGACAAGCAUGCGGAAAAAGAAUCCAGUUCCUUUUACAGAGAAAUUUCCAGGUGCAGAUCCUCUGGUGCUCCGAUUGUUGCAGAGGUUAUUAGCAUUUGAUCCAAAGGAUCGACCUACUGCUGAAGAGGCUUUGUCCGAUCCUUAUUUCAAGGGACUGGCCAAGAUUGAGAGGGAACCUUCUUGUCGACCAAUCUCAAAUCUGGAAUUUGAAUUUGAGAGACGAAGGCUAACAAAGGAGGACAUUAAGGAACUAAUUUUUCGGGAGAUAUUGGAAUAUCAUCCUCAACUCCAAAAGGAUUACAAUGCUGGAAAUGAUGGCACAAAUUUUCUCUAUCCUAGUGCAACAGGUCAGUUUAGAAGGCAAUUUGCUUAUCUUGAGGAAAAUAAUGGUAAAAGUGGGCCAGUUAUUCCUCUUGGAAGAAAGCACGUCUCUCUUCCACGAUCUGCGGUCAAUUCCAGUACUGAUCCCCCCAAAGCUAGGCAGAACUUCUCUGUGUUUGAUCAUACACAAGUAACAGAAAAAUCAUCUACUGAUGUCAGAGUCGCAGAGAAAAUUUCAGGAACUAUACAAAACAUUUCACGACCACCACAUCGAGUCCAUGCAGCCAAACCUGGGAGAGUUGUAGGACCAAUUUUACCGUAUGACGGAAGAAUGCUUACACAGAAUACUGGCCUCCUUCCUCAUGUCAUUUCUCCACAUUAUAUGUUCAGGAUGAACCCGGGGAAUCGAGAGAAGUGUGGGACAGAAGCCAAGGACACCACUCAAGUUAGACCCCUACCUGCACAAUGCAACAUGAGUGUUGAGAUGAACACCAACCCGUAUUAUCCGAUACAAGAAAAAGUAGCACAGUUGGGUGGUCAAAUUGCAAUAGAUGCAAAACUACUACAGGCACAAACCCAAUUUGGUGCAGUUGGUGCUGCAGCUGUUGCAGUUGCAGCUCACAGAGAGGUUGGCACCAUCCAGUAUAGCCUGACUUAGCAAACUGUAUCCAGACGUUCUUUCAAUGAACGGAGUAAAUCCACGUUGGAGGUGAAAGAAUUCUAGGACUGCAUGUUCAUCUAACCAAGCAGCCCUAUCGAAGAUUCAAUGAUGAAACAUACAUCAUACGUCUGGUUAGGUCUCUUUGCCUAAAUUUUAGGCAUUUCUUUGUUCAGUUUACCCUGUGAGUUAGUAUCUAUGCUCCUGUAAAUUUUAGGCUGUAGUAGCUACGGCAUUAUUGAUUCUAUCAAUGAAUAAAAACUAUCGUUCUUCGCACCA